UGCCACCCGCUCAUCCCACCCGGGAGUCAGAAGCUAGCAGAGCGCGCUUGAGGCAGCUGCACACUCGCCCGGCUCCUGGGGCGUGGUGCUGAAGGGAGGGGGGAAGAAAGGAGGGAGAACGGCCCGCCUCCUUCCCCCUUUCCUCUUCCCCAAGGCUCUCCAGCCAGUGCAGUCCUUUAAAGCCCUGGGCGCUCCCCGAAGUAAGCUCCGGAGGGGUGGAGACUCCGCGCCGAGCCAGAGCCGGAGCAGGAGCAGGAGCUGGAGCCCGGAUCUGGCGCUUGGUCGAUUCAGUUCAGCGGCCGGAGGUCCGGGACAUCCACGUGGGGGGCGAGGCGAGCCGGAGCCGGGGACAGUUGUCUCGGGCCAGGGAAGCCCAGAGGCCACUUCUGCCACUCUCUCCUCACCACCUCCUCUGCCACCCCUAAGGUGGGGAGCAGGAGCCAGGUUCCCCUGCCCCUGGCCCGCCUCUGGGGCACCUCGGCUGCUCUUCAGACUCAUGCCUGAACAGGUAACCAUAGUAGCUGGAGGAGUGAUUGCAGGGCUGCUGUUGCUGGUUCUGAUUGGGAUCAUGGGAUACUGUCUCUGGAAGAAGCUAUGUGUUGCCCCUACCUAUGAGGAGCUGACUGGCAUGCCAUCACCAGGACAGGAGAAGCAGCCUUCCCAGGCAGCUGUGAUUCAGACCAACAGGACUCAAGGUAUCCCAUUUGUUGUUCCUCCCUCCUUCUAUGGCCGGGAUUGGAUCACUCUGACCAAUGGAGAAAGGGUCCAGGAUGAAAGUGACCCCUACAUUGCCCCAGAAUUCCUGCCUCGAUCAUCUUUUCAUUCAUUUGGGGGUGCGUAUAUGGUUGGGACAAUCAAUCCAGAGCUGUACAAAUUUCCAGAAGACAAGAGUGAGACAGACUUCCCCGAAGGCUGCCUGGGAAGGCUGUGGUUCACAGUGGAGUAUGAACAGGAGGCAGAGAGGCUCCUGGUGGGCUUGAUCAAGGCCAGGAAGUUGCAGACCCCUUCCCCACUGGAGACUUGCAGUCCCUUGGUGAAGCUGUAUCUGCUGCCUGAUGAGCGUCGCUUUCUACAGUCCAAAAUGAAACGUAAAACCACCAACCCGCAAUUUGAUGAAAACUUCAUUUUCCAGGUAUCCAGCAGAACCAUCACGCAGAGGAUGCUGAAGUUUUCCGUGUUCCAUGUGGACAAGCAAAGGAAGCAUCACCUCCUGGGCCAAGUACUCUUCCCACUGAAAGAUGAGAUGCUGAUGAGCGAUAGCCGGAACAUUAUUUGGCGAGACUUGGAACCAGAGAGCCUGGAGCCGCCUUCGGAGUUUGGGGACAUCCAGUUCUCUCUCAGCUACAACGACUACCUGGGCCGCCUGACUGUCGUGGUGCUCCGCGCCAAGGGCUUGAAGUUCCGGGAUGACCGGAACGUCGAUGUGUUUGUCAAAGUGUCGCUGAUGAACCACAACAGAUUCGUCAAGUGCAAGAAGACGUCAGCCGUGCUGGGCUCCCCCAACCCUGUGUAUAACGAGACGUUUAGCUUCAAGGCCCACCCCGAGGAGCUAGACACGGCCAGCCUGAGCGUGGCGGUGCUCCAGAACACCGAUGGGGCCCAGAGCCACCAGCUGGGCCGCGUGGUCGUCGGACCCUUCAUGUACACGAGGGGGAAAGAACUGGAACACUGGAAUGAAAUGCUGAACAAGCCCAAGGAGCUGGUGAAGCGGUGGCACUCGCUGUCUCCCAGCAGCUGAUGGGGCUGCUCCGCGGGGACACCUGGGUGACCGAGGACACUUCCUGGGGCCGUGGACUUGGAGCGGACUCUGCAGGCUUAGGGAAGAUGUCCUCACUAGCCCUGUCAGAAAUAGGGCCUGGUCUUUCCUUGGUUAGCAUAGGAAUGGCCUAAUAAAAUGACCCCUCCUCCUUCCUGUGGAAUACUGUUUUUUAAAAACUCUUACUUUCUGUCCUGUUAACAACUCUUAAGGCAGAAGAGUGGUCAGGGCUGGGCAAUGGGGGCUCAGUGACUUGCCCAGGGGCACACAGCUAGGAAGUGCCUGAGGUCAAAUUUGAACCCAGGACCUCCCAUCUCUGGGCCUGGCUCUCAAUCCACUAAGCCACCCAGCUAGCUGCCCCUCUGGCGCUCCUUCUGGUAGAAUACUGUUAAGGGUUUGGUAGGGGUCCUUCAUCACUGUGAAGCUGAAGCUAAAUUAGAAUUUCAGACAUUCAGAUUGCGAAUAGUAUGCCAUUAGAACAAACUUUCUCUGAGGUUAAAUUCCCAUCAGCAAAUAUGAACACUCUUAGAGAGGCAAGUUGGUCUCUGUGUUCGGCCAUAAAAGGAAAUGCCGUUUUAAGGGGACAGGAAUAGGAAGAAACUAGGGAAAUAUUGUCUAGUGUACUUGGGCCAUCGUGUCAAUUAGAAUGAUGUAGGAGGGGAAGUUGGGUGGCUCGUGCAUUGAAAGCCAGACCUAGAGAUGGGAGGGAGGUCCUGGGUUCAAGCCUGUCCUCAGACACUUCCCAGAUGUGUGACCCUGGGCAAGUCACUUAACCCCCAUUGUCUAGUCCUUACCACUCUUCUGCCUUGGAACUGAUAUAUAGUAUUGGUUCUAAGAUGGAAGGUCAGGGUUAAAAAAAAUGACACAUGGACUGGAGCUGUCAAUCCUAGUAAGAGGUGCGUGACUUAUGCUUGGUUCACUUGAACCUCCUGGGAAUCCUAACCUAGAUGUGGGCAUCAAGGAUCUGCAGCAGAGGACUCAUCCCAGGCACACAGUGACCCCAAGCUCAAACGAGAUUCCUCAUUGGAAGAAAAGCAAAGACAUCAUGUUACAAGCAUUGAAACUAGCAGGGAGAUCUAAUUGGCCAUUGCAGACUAAACAGACUUGGAGGAGGGGACACGUGCCGGGCUGUUCUACGGGACUGAAACAGGACGACUACCGAGGAAUUCCCGAUGGAGAAAGUAGACCCUGGCCAGAUGUAGUCAAAAGUCUUGACUUCUGGGCUUUCCUGUACUUUGACUAUCUUAAGCCAUUGUGUAUUCCCACGCUCCUCUGGUCAUUAAAACUCUUGUGCCCCAAGA